AUGGAGGUGGGGGCGUUCCUGUGGGAGGACAAGCUAGCGGUGGCGGCGCUGGCGUGGUGCCUGACGGUGGCGCUGGUAGCGUACGCCGCCCGCCGGCCGAAGCGGGUUUACCUGCUGGACUACGCCUGCCACAAGCCCGAGGAUGCCACCAAGUGUAGCUACGAGGCCAGCGAGUACUUCGUCCUGAAGAGCGGCCGGUACACCGCCGACAGCGUGGAUUUCAUGCGCACCAUCUUUCUCAAGUCCGGCCUGGGCAACGAGACCUACGUCCCCUCCUUCCUGUUCGAGCAGGAUGGAGACCCCAGGCUGGCGACGGCGAUCAGGGAAGCGGAGGAGGGGCUCUUCUCGGCGGCGGAUGCGGUGCUGAGGAAGACGAGGAUGGACCCGGAGAUGAUCGACGUGGUGGUGGUCACCUGCAGCAUGCUGUGGCCGGCGCCGUCACUGAGCUCGAUGAUCGUCAACCACUGCAAGCUCCGCCCCGAUGUGAAGACCUUCAACCUCAGCGGCAUGGGUUGCAGCGCAGGGGGCCUGGCCAUGGACCUGGCAGCGCGGAUUCUCCGGCAAAAGUCCGGCGGGUACGCGCUGGUGUUGGCGACGGAGAGCACCAGCCUCAACUGGUACUUCGGGAACAACCGGUCGAUGCUGGUGACAAACUGCAUCUUCCGCGUGGGGGCGGCGGCGGCGCUGCUCACCAGCGACCCGGCACGGCGGCGCAGCGCCAUGAUGGAGCUCGUGCACGCCCUGCGGACCCAUCACGGCGCAAGCGACCCGUCGUUCCAGUCGGCGCUGCAGAGGGAGGACGAGAUGGGCACCGGCGGCGUGGAGCUCAGCAAGGACCUGGUCUGCGUCGCCGGCGCCGCCUUGAGGGAGCACAUCCGCUCGCUGGCUCUGCGCAUGCUCCCCAUCUCGGAGCUGCUGCAGUACGCCUGCGCGGCCGCUCGCUCGGCGGCGCUGCGCGCGGUGGCGACCCGCGGCGCCGCCGCGCAGGGGAAGGUGGCGCAGCCCCCUGUCCCGGAUUUCACGCAGGCCUUCGAGCACAUGUGCUUUCACCCGGGGGGAAAGGCGGUGAUCAACAAGCUGUGGAGGCUGAUGAGGCUCCCGGACGAGAUGGUGGAGCCGGCGAGGAUGACCCUCCACCGCUUCGGGAACACCUCCAGCAGCUCCAUCUUCUACGAGCUCGGAUACUUCGAAGCCAAGGGGAAGCUCAAACGGGGAGACCGUCUCUGGAUGCUGGCUUUCGGCACAGGCUUCAAGGUCUCCAGCCUCGUCUGGGUCGCCCUACGCGACUCCCGAGUUGACCCUGACAACCCCUGGGCCGACUGCGCCCACAUCUACCCUGUCGAGGUCCCGCUCUGA